AUGGCAGUCAACAGAUUACGAACGGCGCUGGGGACGCCGCGGAAAGGCGAGACGCACGAGCUGCGCGCCGGUCUGGUGUCGCAGUAUGCGUACGAGCGCAAAGACUCCAUCCAAAAGACCAUCAUGGCCAUGACGCUAGGCAAGGACGUGUCGGUGCUGUUUCCCGAUGUGCUCAAGAACAUCGCCACCCCCGACCUCGACCAGAAGAAGCUCGUGUACCUCUACCUCAUGAACUACGCCAAGUCGCAUCCCGACCUUUGCAUCCUCGCCGUGAAUACUUUUGUGCAAGACUCCGAGGACCCGAACCCCCUCAUUCGCGCCCUUGCCAUCCGCACCAUGGGCUGUAUCCGGGUUGAAAAGAUGAUUGAUUACAUGGAAGAGCCGCUGCGGAAAACGCUGAAGGACGAGUCGCCGUACGUCCGGAAGACGGCGGCGUUAUGCGUCGCUAAGCUCUUUGAUCUCAACCCGGCUUUGUGUAUCGAGAAUGGGUUCUUGGAGACUUUGCAAGAGAUGGUGGGCGAUUCGAAUCCGAUGGUCGCGGCCAACUCCGUCACCGCGCUCGCCGAAAUUCACGAAGUGGCCCCUGAGACACGCGCUCUCGUCGUGACGAGUCAGAUGUUGAAGAAGAUGCUUCUGGCUAUGAACGAAUGCACGGAAUGGGGCCGGAUCACCGUCCUCAAGACUCUCGCAGACUACCGAGCGUUGGAUACCAAGGAAGCCGAGAACAUCUGCGAGCGGGUGAGUCCGCAAUUCCAGCACGUCAAUCCCGCCGUUGUCCUGGCCGCCGUCAAGACAGUCUUCCUGCACAUGCAGCACAUCGAGAGUCAACAACUUCGCGCCACAUAUCUGAAGAAGAUGGCCCCGCCUCUCGUCACGCUCGUCUCCUCGCAGCCCGAAGUUCAAUACGUCGCCCUCCGCAAUAUCGACCUGCUCCUGCAGAAAGAACCCGGCAUUCUCGAAAAGGAGAUGCGAGUUUUUUUCUGCAAAUACAACGACCCUCCCUACCUCAAACUCACCAAGCUGGAAAUCAUGGUGCGGAUAGCAAACUCCAACAACGUCGACCAAUUGCUAGCCGAGCUUAAGGAGUACGCCAUGGAAGUCGACAUGGAUUUUGUGCGGAAGGCGGUGCGAGCCAUUGGCCAAGUGGCCAUUAAGAUUGAAGAGUGUGCCGAGAGGGCGGUCAAUGUGCUCCUCGAGUUGAUCAACACCAAAGUGGGGUAUGUCGUGCAAGAGGUCAUUGUGGUCAUCAAGGACAUCUUCCGGAAGUAUCCUGGCUACGAAGGCAUCAUUCCCACAUUAUGCUCGUGUAUCGACGAUUUGGACGAACCGAAUGCGCGAGGCAGUCUGAUUUGGAUUGUUGGGGAGUAUGCGGAGAAGAUUUCCAACGCCAACGAGAUCUUGACCGGUUUCGUGGAGGGAUUCAACGAGGAAUUCACCCAGACACAACUCCAAAUCCUCACAGCAGUCGUCAAGCUCUUCCUCAAGAAACCCGACGAAUCGCAAAGCCUGGUCCAAAGAGUGCUCCAAGCCGCCACGGCUGAAAACGACAACCCCGACAUCCGCGACCGCGCAUACGUCUACUGGCGCCUGCUCUCCUCCGACCCGCAAAUCGCAAAGAACAUCGUCCUCUCCGCCCGCCCGCAAAUCACCUCCACCAUCCCGGUCCUCCCCGCCCCGCUCCUCAAUACCCUCCUCCCCAACCUCUCCACCCUGGCCUCUGUCUACCACAAGCCGCCGCAAACCUUCCUCGGCGACGGCCGGAGCUCCGCCCUGCAAGCCGAAGCCCUCGAAGAAGCGAGGGAGAACGCGCGCGAGAAUCCCAUCGCCGCCGCGGCCGUCACGGCUGCUAUUGCGGGCGGCAGCGCGCCGCAGCAAGCCCAGAGCAAUGCGGAGAACCUCCUCGAUAUCGAUUUUGACGGCUCGGCGCCUGCUUCGAUGCAGAAGGCGCCAGGGCCGGGGGCGUCGGGGUUGGAGGGGCUGGCGGGCACGCCGCAGCGGGUUGCGUCGCCGCAGGUGGGAAGUGGAGGGGGGAUGGACGAUUUGGCGGGGAUGUUUGGUGAUGCUGGUGGCAGUGGGGUGAAUGGUGGUGGGAGUGCGGACGAUAUGAUAAAUGGGUUUGCUGGUUUGGGGGUGAAUGGUGGGCAGCAGGGGAGCGCGACGGGUGGGGAGAAGAAGACGAAUGAGGAUUUGCUGGGGUUGUUUUGA